GAGCGUCGGGACAUGAAUCACAUUUCGCUUUAUCUGAUUGGACGGUCUUGACGAAAAGGGCGGUUCUUCUGCAGAUUCAUUGGGAAGUGAAGUCUCAAUGUCAAAGAAGCUUGUAUCAGCUGUUUCAGACUAUUCAUCUCAACAUCCACUGAUAAAAACAUCAGCGACGGAGAAAAACAGUCGUCUGCCACCAAACCCUAUGAAGAUUGAAGGCUUUUACGGAUAGGAACUCAAGGGCAGCGUCAAACGGUUUUCAGGUAGCGAGCUAAAGGAAAUAUGAACUCCCUACCAGGCAGGAGUGUGUCGCUGUGCAGACGCAUGACAGUGGGCGCUAUGAGGGUCCUCGCGGGCACAACGGGCCAUCCUGAUACUGUGGCCCGUGCGACCUGCCUCGAGGCUGUCAGAGUGUGCCACUCGGACUCGAGCCGCAAGGGCAGCGUCAGCACCAAGAAGCGUGGCUAUGACAUCACCAGAAACCCCCACCUGAACAAGGGCAUGGCCUUCACCCUACAGGAGCGUCUGCAGCUGGGCAUCCACGGCCUGCUGCCCCCCGUCUACCUCUCCCAGGACGUCCAGGUGCUCCGUAUCAUGAAGAGCUACGAGGGCCGCAACCCCCUCGACAAGUACAUCUUGCUGAUGACUCUGCAGGACAGGAAUGAGAAGUUGUUUUACCGCCUGCUGACAUCUGAUGUAGAGGAGUUCAUGCCCAUUGUCUAUACCCCCACUGUAGGGCUGGCCUGCCAACAGUACGGACUGGCCUUCAGGAGACCACGAGGUCUCUUCAUCACCAUCCAUGAUAAAGGCCACAUCGCCACCAUGCUCAACUCCUGGCCUGAGGAGAACAUCAAGGCCAUUGUGGUGACGGACGGAGAGCGUAUCCUGGGUCUGGGCGACCUGGGCAGUUACGGCAUGGGCAUCCCAGUGGGUAAACUGGCCCUGUACACGGCCUGCGGAGGAGUGCCACCCCAGCAGUGUCUGCCAGUCCUGCUGGACGUAGGCACCGACAACCAGGCACUCCUGGAAGACCCCCUGUACAUCGGCCUGAAGCACAAGAGGAUCAGAGGAAAGGAGUACGAUGACCUCAUCGAUGAGUUCAUGCAGGCAGUUACUGACAAGUAUGGAAUGAACUGCCUGAUCCAGUUUGAGGACUUUGCCAACUCCAACGCCUUCCGCCUCCUCAACAAAUACCGCAACCGUUACUGCACCUUCAACGACGACAUCCAAGGCACAGCCUCAGUAGCAGUAGCUGGGGUCUUGGCUGCUCUGAAGAUCACCAAGAACAAACUGUCAGACCACACCUUUGUGUUCCAGGGGGCUGGGGAGGCUGCACUGGGCAUUGCCCACUUGCUAAUCAUGGCCAUGGCAAAGGAGGGGGUGUCGGCCACGGAAGCCGCAAAGAAGAUCUGGAUGGUCGACUCCAGGGGCCUCAUCGUCAAGGGCAGAGGAAACCUGAACCAUGAGAAGGAGGAGUUUGCCCAUGACCACGCCCACAUCAAGACGCUGGAGGAGGUGGUGCACACCGUCAAGCCCACCGCCCUCAUCGGAGUGGCGGCCAUCGGAGGGGCGUUUACUGAGAAGAUCAUCAAGGACAUGGCGUCCUUCAACGAGAGGCCCAUCAUCUUCGCCCUGAGUAACCCCACCAGCAAGGCAGAGUGCACCGCCGAGCAGUGCUACCAACUCACGGAGGGGCGGGGCAUCUUUGCCAGUGGCAGCCCCUUUAAUAAGGUGACCCUGGCUGACGGUCGCUCCUUCAUCCCCGGUCAGGGGAACAACGCCUACGUGUUCCCUGGCGUGGCAUUGGGGGUCAUCGCCUGCGGGGUGCGCCAAAUCUCCGACGACAUCUUCCUCACCACAGCCGAGGCGAUAGCUGACAUGGUAACGGAGGAGCACCUGGCCGAGGGAAGACUCUACCCUCCACUCAACGGCAUCAGAGAAGUGUCCUUUAAGAUCGCUGUCAAGGUGGUUGACUAUGCGUACAGACACAAAAUUGCCUCCCUGUACCCGGAGCCUAAGGACAAGGAGGCGUUUGUGCUCUCCCAUGUCUACAGCCCCGACUAUGACUCCUUCGUCCAGGACACCUACGACUGGCCCGUGGAUGCCAUGAAAGUCCAGGACGUGUGAACUCCAUCAGCCACCUCUCUUUCUAUCCCCAACGUUCGAUCCCUCAGUACAGCACAAGGGAGCUACACAUAUCAGACAUGCGCUGCCGCCUCUCCAGAUUUCGCAUAAUUUCACCAAUCAUCACUCACGUUCCCCUGCUCAGACGUUGCAUGCAUCAACCAAUGGUUGCAUUCCACGGCAUCGACAGUGCCUUCCAGCACCAGAUUGCUAUAACAUAUGUGGUUAACUCAUACAUAAAAUACCUAUCCAGGCGUUGUAAGAUCUGGCAUGUGUCCUCAACGCCUGGGCAGAGGAACGCGCCCAAAGCCUUCUGCAGCUAGGUCAUCAAGACGAGACACUCCAUUGCCUCUAGACACUCCCCAGUGCCCAUAGAAUGUAAUACAUAGGAUGCACAUCUGUAGGAGAUUACAAAUGGUUAACCAGCAGAAAUAUAAUUUAAGGGGUAUUUUUCUGAAGGUUCAGUCAUUUCAUUUGAUGACCCCCUUGACUUUUGUAAUUGCUUUGUUUACCAUAUCGCUAUAUGUGUCCAUAUCAUCAAAUUGCCAGGUUAGUGCCACGACGUUUCAUGUGUAACUUGAGGGAACCCUAUCUGUUCUAUACAUUCUAUAUUCUAUUUUGAGAUUAUUUAUUUGUGAUUGAUACAGAAUCUGAAGACAGACUGUUCUGUGUCACCAAACCCCUAAUAACACACUCCGUUGAGCAUGUUUGGACUAGCUUUAAUAACUAAUAGACUAACUUAGGAAGAAAUGGCAUAUUCCCGAAAGGUCUCUGUCAUCUAUUGUAGGUUGCAUCUCAAUAGUUUUACCUUGCUUCCUUUGCUUGGAAAAGUGGAUGGGUGAAUCCCAUAUUGCCUUUACCUGUCCAUUGUUUUCAAAUUAGUCUCGAUAAAAGAUAGGAGACAAGCAUAGGAGGAGACCGCCAGUUUUAGACUGUUAAGAUGGACCUCUUGUCCGGACAUAAACGCAAACCCUCAUAGUGCCGGCCUCCGUUUGACCUCCUGACCUCACACAUCCUGCAGAUUCUAGUCUUUAGUUGGAGGAUUCUAUCAGAUAUUAGCAAAGAAUAUGUACACGCUGGUUCACACUGCAAUAUCAUUGAUUUUAAAGCACAACUCCAAUAUAUUAUUAACUGACAAUGUAUUACUACUCCCUGUUGUCACUUCAUACUUUAGGCUACACUCCUGCCAAAGCCUGGGUUUACAAGAGGACCAGUUAGAUAACCUAUAGAAUUUAAAAUAGGACACCCUGUUCAUCUUGUACUUUUAUUCUAGACUUCCCUGUUGAUGCGUGUCAGAGUUUUAACGAGAUGACUAAGCUACAUUUUUAUCCCCGACAUCAUUACCAUUAGGAACUGACUUUUACAUUUGAGUAAUUUAGCAGACACUCUUAUCUCACUUACAGUGCAAUUUUAUAUUUUCUUCGUACUCGUCGGAAUUGAACCCACGAACCUGGCGUUGCAAGCUCCGGGCUCUACCAACUGGGCCACAAGGGACUUCAUGUUUGUGCGGUGCCCGACGUUUGUGUACACGAUAGAGGAAGCUUUAAUAAACACUAGUGUACCACUAGCCCAUGCAUAGACGCUAACUACCUUUAGCAUCUAUUCAUGACGGUAACUUCUGGCCGGGGGAGUUUUGUUAAGAGCACCUACGCUUGUUCUGAUCGUUAACACAUCGCUUGCGGUAUGAUUUUGGAAACAUAAGGAAAGUAGCUUCCAUAUCGGCAAAAAAAAUGUUUUUCUAAAAACAAAAAUGUUAAAUUACUACACACCUUUUAUCGGGUUGGUGUUCCCACACGGCCAUAUCUCCAUGUUGCAGCGCUUGUUUACAGAAGACCACCUGUGCUUAUUAGCUAUCUAUCGUGCUCGAGCACCUGUGUAAGCAUAACUGGAGAGGAAGUGUAGUUCGUCAAUGGUAGGCAUACAGUUGUAUGGAUGUCUGGUCAUAUUUUUUAUUUGGUAAGAUUCUUAUUCGCAAAUAUGAAAGAUAGGUUCCAUAUGUUUCCAAAACGGUAUCGCAACGAUGAUGAUUGACGUUUCUAAACAUUAAAACAGAGCGUCGCGUUAUAGUUCACAUGUUCCCACCAAUAAGCAGUGCUUAUAGCUGAGAAUGCCUUGGGUUCUCGAGAGCAAGAGUAGCGCCUAUAAUAAUUACAUAUGUGAUUGCCUCUUUGGAUAUGCUUAUUUUAAUAAUGGAGGGGUUGCAUCUUUUUGUGUGUAGUUUUGUAUAAAGCUUUGCCUGUUUCGGUUUAGGUGUUUUUGCCAAAGGUAAUGACAGACAUGGUAAAUGUUAUAUUUUCUUUCCCCCAGAGAAUAUUAUGCUCUGCUUAGGCGUGAUGCACCACAGAAGGAAUUCUAUUUGGGGUUCAAGGAAAAAUGUAUGUUUUGAAGGGAAUAAAAAAGACACUAAGUGAA